AUGAUGUCCCAAAGCCAGCGCUCUCGCUACCUGAAGACAGGUGCUAUUGUCAGUGCAGUGCUUCUUCUGUUGCUAUGGCUGUCGCCGUCCAAGCCCACAGUGAGCAGCAUUGGAUCCCAGCCACCGUUGAAUGGUGUCGCUCCCCUAACGGACAAGUGCACGAAACCUCAUGACCCCUCCAAGCCUCUGAUCCAGUAUGCGCUUAUGAUCGACGCGGGCAGUCAGGGCUCUCGCAUUCACGUCUACCGCUUCAACAACUGCGGCCCCACCCCCGAAUUGGAGAACGAGGUCUUCGAGCAAACCGAGAAGAGACAGGGUGGCUCCGGACUGAGCGCCUACAAGGAAGAUGCUGAGGGAGCGGCCAAGAGUCUGGACCCUCUGAUGCAGGUGGCUCUCAAGUCCGUGCCCGCCGACUACCAGUCCUGCUCCCCCAUUGCCGUGAAGGCCACCGCUGGACUGCGUAUGCUUGGCCCCGAGAUGAGCCAGAGGAUUCUGGAGGCCGUGCGUACUCGCCUGGAAACCGUCUACCCCUUCCCGGUUGUCUCCCGUGAGAUGGGUGGUGUGCAAAUCAUGGAUGGCAGUGACGAGGGUGUCUAUGCCUGGAUCACAACCAACUACCUCCUCGGUAAGAUCGGCGGUCCGGACGAGACCCCUACUGCUGCCAUCUUUGAUCUGGGCGGUGGUUCCACUCAGAUCGUUUUCCAGCCCACGUUCCCCCAGAGCCCCUCGGGCGGUAUGCCCGAGCACCUGGCGGACGGUGACCACAAGUAUUCGCUGCAAUUCGGCGGUCGUCACUUUGACCUCUACCAGCACUCUCACUUGGGUUACGGACUGAUGGCUGCUCGGGAUGCUGUACACAAGGCGAUCGUCGAUGCCAAGUUGGCCGCCAGCCCCGUUGAUAUGUCCUGGUUGAAGCAGCCGAUCUCCAACCCCUGCAUUGGACCUGGUAUGGAGCGCGAUGUCGAGUUGACCUUUGACAACGACCACCCGCUCGCCGGUAAGGUGACGGUGAAGAUGGUUGGCCCGAAGCAAGGCGCUUCUGCGGCAGCUCAGUGCCGUGGCUUGACUGAGAAGAUCCUGAACAAGGAUGCUGACUGUAAGCUGGCGCCCUGCUCCUUCAACGGCGUUCACCAGCCGUCUCUGGAAAAGACUUUCGCCCGCGAGGAUGUGUACAUCUUCUCCUACUUCUACGACCGCACCAAGCCCCUGGGCAUGCCCGACUCCUUCACCUUGGAUGAGCUGCACCAGCUCACGUCGACGGUCUGCGCGGGUGAGCCCGCAUGGGGCAUCUUCGAGGGUGUUGAGGAUGCGCUGCCCCAGCUGCGCGAUCGCCCCGAGUGGUGCCUUGACUUGAACUUUAUGCUAGGUCUGUUGCACACGGGAUACGAGAUGCCCUUGUCGCGUGAGGUGAAGAUUGCGAAGAAGAUCAAGAACAACGAACUUGGCUGGUGUUUGGGUGCUAGUUUGCCCCUGCUGAGCCAGGAAUCCGGCUGGACCUGCCGGGUGAAGGAGGUCUCCUAG